AUGGCUGAUAAGGAAUCUAUCUCCUCACUGGUUGAGACAUGGCUCAGGUGGGACCAGGAUCCCAAAACACGCACGGAAAUAGAGCAUUUGCAGAGCACCAAUGAUGUGGAUGCAUUAGAGCUAUGUCUUCGCAAUCGUAUUGAAUUUGGCACCGCGGGCUUGCGGGGCCGGAUGGCAGCAGGCUUCUCCUGCAUGAACUCAUUGACGGUGAUCCAGGCUUCCCAAGGACUGGCGAAUUACAUCAAAACUGCACGUCCUCAGAUUGCAUCGCAGGGUGUUGUUAUCGGUCACGAUGCUCGUCACAAUUCCCGCAGAUUUGCGGAGCUUGCUGCCAUUGCCUUCAUUACAUUGAAAAUUCCUGUCUACUUCUUCACUGAAUUCUCACCGACUCCAAUGGUUCCAUUCGGCAUAAAUUAUUUUAAAGCUGCGGGGGGUAUUAUGGUGACUGCAAGUCAUAACCCACCACAAGAUAAUGGCUACAAAGUCUAUUCGAGCAACGGAGCCCAGAUCAACCGACCCGAAGAUCAUGAGAUAGCCCAAUCAAUUCGUGAAAACCUAGAGCCGUGGGCCAAUGCCUGGACAGAAUUAAAGCCCAGUGAUUAUUUGCAUAUCGAUGCGUACCAGAAUCUUGUUCAGCCCUAUAAGAGCCAUAUUAAAGAAUAUACGAGAUCCACAGUUACAGAUUGGAAACCCCUGAGCCCAUUUGUGUACACCCCGCUUCAUGGCGUUGGGGGCCUAGUGCUUCCAGAACUAUGUGACUCACUAGGAGUAGACAAUUUCGUAUCUGUUCCACUGCAAACGAAACCGGACCCCGACUUCCCGACGGUUAAGUUUCCCAACCCUGAAGAAGCAGGGGCUCUUGACCUUGCUAUACAAACGGCAGAUCAAGAGGGGAGGUCCUUGAUUAUUGCGAACGACCCCGACGCAGAUCGAUUCGCUGCAGCAGAAAAAGUCGACGACGAGUGGUUUUUGUUUACCGGGAACCAUGUCGGUGUCCUAUUCGCAUCUCAUAUCCUUGAUUCCUUGAAGACCAACGGAGACUUAUCUAAAGCCGUCUUUCUAACCACAACCGUGUCGAGUGGUAUGCUCGACAAAAUGGCAGUGUCCGAAGGUGCUCGCUUCCAAGAAACCUUGACGGGAUUCAAAUGGAUGGGGAAUGUAGCUCGGGAUCUUGAAGCUACCGGGGUGACAGUUCCCUUUGCUUAUGAGGAAGCGCUUGGCUACAUGUUUCCAUCAGUAUGCUACGAUAAGGAUGGAAUCACUGCUGCGUCUAUCUUUCUAGCGGCAUACGCCAAGUGGAAAGCCCAGGGAUUAACAGCGCAUGCAAAGCUUCAGCAGCUUUUCGCUACGUAUGGCCACCACGAAACAUUGAACAAUUAUUUCCGGUCUCCUAACCCGGCUCUUACCGUUGAAUUGUUCCGCGGAAUCCGCAGCGGACCUUUCCUCGGAGGCAUGCAGCUUGGGAAAUUCAAAAUCCUUCGCUGGAGAGAUCUGACGGAGGGCUAUGACUCCGCAUCCUCUGAUCAUAAGCCUGAUCUACCCGAAGACCCCACCAGCCAGAUGUUAACACUUUGGUUAGACGGUGGAGUGCGUUUCACGAUUAGAGGCUCAGGUACGGAGCCCAAGGUUAAGUUCUACAUUGAAAGCUGCGGUGAUUCUCGUGACAAUGCCAUCGAAGCUGUAUGUGAAACGUUCUUAGCAAUCCUGAAAGAAUGGGUGCUGAAGUAUACUCCUUCUAUGACUCAUGCUAGUCGACUCUUCACGUCCUCCGGCCAUGUCCUAGAGAUGGAAUAA